AAGAGGACUUUGUACGGUGAUAAGUAUGUCGACGUUAUGAAGUCGCACUAUGAUUACUACAAAAGCAGGAUAAGGAUCGGUGUUGAAGGGUACAGUACUUCCCUUAAACCUAUUGAUCUCUACCGGGCUUUGGAGAGUCUUUUCAAGACAUGUGGAGAAGUCCACAACAUCCAGAUUCGCAGAGAUCCAGUGACAAAUGCACUCCAGAGGUCGUGCAUUGUUAUCCUUCGUGGAGAAGGCGCAGGAGACAAAGCCUUGCAACUCAAUGGAAGUGACAUUGGAGGAAGUAAGAUUGUCGUUACGAGUUUGCCUCCAGAACUCAGUGAACUCAGCACUGGGUUGAGUACUGAUGUACUCGCUGCUAGGAGCGUGGCACAUAAUCGAAGAAAGCGUAGCGAAGGCAUAUCCGUUACUGGAUAUGACACUUCACUUACUAAAGAUGAUUUGAAGAAUGCUUUGACUAACCAUUUCUCCACAUGUGGCGAGAUUACCGACGUUUUCGUUCUCAACAGCCGUGCCCUGGUCUACUUCUACGGACUAGGCUCCAACAACCGAGCGGUUCAGCUGUCUGGAACCGACCUAGGAGGCUCCACACUGGUGGUCAAAGCCUUGCCCUAUCCAAAACCCAAAGGUAGUGCCUGGACCCGUUUGCGUUACCGUUUCAGGUCAGCCACUCUCUCAACGAUCACUGGGUGGGCACAUCAGAUGUGAGAGGAAUUCUGGUUUAGUAUUUUAUUUUAUGAAUUUCGGCUUGUUUGCUUGUUCUGUUUAGUACCCCAAAAAAAACUUAUAUUUCGGAUGUGUUUGAUUACUACAAAAAAAAACUUAUAUUUCGGAUG